CAACAGUAUUAGCCAUGUACUCACCCAAGCAUUUGAUUGUCCUUGCGGCAAUUCUAGUCCAAUUUGUGGCCAGCAUUCAUGGCGGAACUUACAACAAUGAGGAUCAUUGGGUCUAUUUGGACAAGACCACGGAUAUACCCGAUGGAACUGUUCUAGGCGGCUUCGAUUCAGAUGGUUACUACAAUUAUGUCGGUCGUGUGUUGUACAGCAGCGCGGUAUUGCCAGCCCGUGUCGUUCCCGAAUUGAGCAAGGCCACAUACAAUACCGAAACAUUGGGCAAUGUGGCUGCCACCUAUGAGGUCCUGGUGGCCAAUGAAACUGUAAGCUAUGAGUGGAUCCGAAGCUAUGAUGGUUACAGGGAGAAGAACGCCGUCUCUGUGGGAACCGAUGCAACCAACAAUCGUGUCUUCAUCUGCCGGGCUAUUUCCGAUCAAGGCCUCUUCAUUGGCACCCUGUAUCUGGCGAAGCGUGCAUGCAUUAUUAAAUACGAAAGCUAUCCAUUGAGAACAUUCGCCAAGUACGAAAUUUUGAUCAGAAAGCGAAAAGUGGCUAAUUUUAUGCCUUUUAACCUGGAAAUUGAAAAUCAUUAAAAAGUAUUUUAUAAAA